AUUAGCCAGGUAUGGUGGCAUGCACCUGUAGUCCCAGCUACUCGGGAGGCCGAGAUGGGAGGAUCACUUGAGCCUGGGAGGUCAAGAGUGCAGUGAGCCCUCUUGUUUGUUUUUAACUCUUUUAAAACCUUCCUAACAAGGAAGAUUCUUAGUUGUUAGGCCAUACGAAAUACAAAAAUAGGCCACUCAAGCCCUGCUGUAGAGAGCAGAGCAUCAGGUGGAGUUUUGAUGCAAACAACCUUGCAAAGUUCCUUCCAGCCUGAAAUCCUGAGCUGUGAAGCAGAGGAGGCCCUUUGAUGGUGCCACUGCACUCCAGCCUGAGUAACACAGCGAGACCAAAAAAAAAAAAGGGGGGGGACCCUAGCAACCAGAGCAGUGACAGUAGCAACGGCCGUUAUGGCGAAAGCAACAACAAUCAAAGAAGCCCUAGCGAGACGGGAAGAGAAAACUGGCCAGGGGCCAUCUGAAGCCAAAGAGAUAUAACGUUAUGCCCAGAUUCCCCCCAUAGAGAAGAUGGAUGCAUCCUUGUCCACGCUUGCAAAUUGUGAGAAGCUUUCACUGUCUACAAACUGCAUUGAAAAAAUUGCCAACCUGAAUGGCUUAAAAAACUUGAGGAUAUUAUCAUUAGGAAGAAACAACAUAAAGAACUUAAAUGGACUGGAGGCAGUAGGGGAUACAUUAGAAGGACUGUGGAUCUCGUACAAUUUUAUUGAGAAGUUGAAAGGGAUCCACGUAAUGAAGAAAUUGAAGAUUCUCUACAUGUCUAAUAACCUGGUAAAAGACUGGGCUGAGUUUGUGAAGCUGGCAGAACUGCCAUGCCUGGAAGACCUGGUGUUUGUAGGCAAUCCCUUGGAAAAGAAACAUUCUGCUGAGAACAACUGGAUUGAAGAAGCUACCAAGAGAGUGCCCAAACUGAAAAAGCUGGGUGGUACUCCAGUCAUUAAGGAGGAUGAGGAAGAAGAUAGCUAAUGCCACCUUUUCCACUUUGUGUUAACUUAUUUAAAUGUCAUAAGAACAAUAGAUACAUUUCAUAUUAAAAAAAAAAAAA